AUGCCUCAGGAUAUGCCGCCAAAGGGCGGGUAUGAAGCCGUGCAGUAUAAGAGAAAUCUUCCAGCACGCGGUUUCAGACCCUCGGUUAUGCUUUUGGCCAUGGCUGGAGUUAUGACAUAUGGAUUCUGGAAAGUAGGAAAGGGAAUCCGGGAACAGAAUGAACUUGCCCGUGAAAAAAUGUGGUCUAGAAUCCAUUUGAUCCCACUUUUGACAGCGGAAACCGAUCGUGACCUUGUCAGAAGACAUUGGGCAGAUUUGAAGAGAGAAAAGGAAUUGUUGGGCAGUGAGACUAGUCCAUAUAACAGUGAUAGAUACGUCAGACCUACAUACGCAGUUACUCCUAUUCAAGUCACCAAAGAUUAA